AUGGCUCCAAGGAUCCUGAUAUUCGGCACAGGAUCUAUUGGCACAGUCUACGCAUAUCUCCUUUCCAGAGCUGUACCGGCCUCCAACAUCUUCACAGUCUGCCGUUCGAAUUUCGAGGUUACCUCGAAAGACGGCUUCACGAUACAUUCCUCUCUAUGGGGCGAGAACCUGAACGUUCGACCUGUUGUGAUCCGCUCCGUAGAUGAGGCAGUGGCCUUUGAUGCUAGCUCUCCCUUCGACUACGUUUUAGUCUGCUCCAAAGCAUUGCCAACGAUCCCGUCGACGGCCGAUCUGAUCAAGCCGGCGGUCUCUUCAAACACCACCAUUGUGCUAAUACAGAAUGGAAUUGCCACCGAGGAACCAUACUCCAAACUUUUCCCCGACAACCCGUUGCUGAGCACUGUGGUAUAUCUUCCAGCUACCCAAAUUGGGCCAGGAAUUGUUCAGCACAAGGAAGUCGAGCUGCUUCACAUGGGCUCUUACCCUGCAUCGUCAAACACUGAAUCUGCUUCGCGAUUUGCGAGCCUUCUUAACGCAGGUGGUGCAACAACGAAAGUUCACGAAGAUGUCCAAUUCGAGCGCUGGUCAAAACUGUUGGUCAACGCUUCCUGGAACCCCAUCUGCGCUCUCUCCCGCUCGCGGGAUGUGCAAGUCUUGAAGUCGGGACCUGAUGCAAAGGACUUUGUUCGAGACGUAAUGCUCGAAAUCGCGGCUGUCGCAAAUGCAUGUGGCUACCUCGGUAUUGAUACUGCCUUGGUAGAUUAUCAACUCGGAAGGGCUGCCGUUCGUGAGCUUCCUGGCGUGGAACCCAGCAUGAUGGCUGAUUCCCUUGCCGGGAGAAACAUGGAAGUUGAGGCUAUUGUGGGAAAUGUAAUCAAGAUUGCCAGAGCGCAUGACGUGAAGACGCCAAUGCUGCGGACGAUUCAUGUACUGGCAACUGCCUUGAACUGUAGCUUCGGCUACGGUACCGCAUGA